CAACGUUUUUUCUCAUUUUCCAGAGGCGCAGCAGAGAAUGACAAUGCGGCCGUCGGUAUGGUGGAACACGACGGUGCUGAUCGUGAUCCUGUACCUAUACGUGACGAUGGUGCAGUACAUACGUGCGGCUGAGAUCUCCUCCACCACAGGGGCUAUGCGCGCUAAACAGUACUACUCCGGUGAGAAGCUAUCCCAGUACCGCACGCGCGAGGACCCGGAUGAGGAACUGGACAUCGCCUCCGUUGAGUCCGAACCUCAUCAUCAGUUCGUGCGAAACCAGGAGCCAAAACAGGAGGAGCUUAGUGGGGCUGAAUCAACAGUUCAACGUAACUACCGCGUGCCGCAGUACAUCCGUGGGGGUGGUGGUGACGCAGGAGUGGGUGGAGGCGGCGGAGAGGCUCCGCUCGAUUCAGAGCCAGCAGCAGCCGCUUCCAUCGCCUCCGGGCAUGCGGCCGAAAACUCCUACCAUCCGAGCUACGACGGCGACUCAACGGCCUUCUCGCACGGCGUCCAGUUUAGCUCCGACCUCAUUCAGGACCCCGGCUACCAGCUCGAAUUCAAGUACCACGACUACGACAAGAUGACGAAGUUCCUCAGGACCACUUCUUCCCGUUACCCCAACCUCACCGCUCUUUACUCCAUCGGCAAGUCCGUCCAAGGUCGAGAUCUGUGGGUAAUGGUAGUGUCAGCCUCACCGUAUGAGCACAUGAUCGGGAAACCUGAUGUCAAAUAUGUUGCAAAUAUGCAUGGAAACGAAGCAGUUGGACGUGAGCUUAUGCUUCAUUUGAUUCAGUACCUAGUGAAUAGUUACAACACGGACCCUUACAUCAAGUGGCUGCUGGACAACACACGAAUCCAUAUCCUGCCGUCUAUGAACCCUGAUGGUUUCGAAGUAGCUAGGGAAGGGCAGUGUGAUGGAGGCCAGGGCCGCUACAAUGCACGAGGAUUUGAUCUGAAUCGCAACUUCCCGGACUAUUUCAAGCAGAACAACAAACGUGGACAACCUGAGACAGAUGCUGUUAAGGAAUGGACCUCCAAGAUUCAGUUCGUCCUCUCUGGUGGCCUCCAUGGUGGUGCUUUGGUGGCUAGCUAUCCUUUUGACAACACGCCUAACUCAAGAAUUUGUAAAUCUUCGCCACUGUGUGCAGUGUUCCAGAGUUAUUCAUCUACGCCCUCGUUGACGCCGGAUGAUGACGUAUUCAAACAUUUGGCUCUCACCUAUUCUCGGAACCAUCCAACGAUGAACCAGGGGCUCUCAUGUAAGCCUGGCACUCCCUCUUUCAACCAGGGUAUUACCAAUGGUGCUGCCUGGUACCCAUUGACCGGUGGAAUGCAGGAUUUCAAUUACGUUUGGUAUGGCUGCAUGGAGGUGACAUUGGAGCUUUCCUGCUGCAAAUAUCCUCCCGCAACAGAACUUCCCAAACUGUGGGAAGAAAAUCGCUUGUCUCUAGUAAAAUUUUUGGCUGAGGCUCACAGAGGAGUCCACGGUUUUGUAAUGGAUGAACAUGGAAACCCAGUUGAAAAGGCCUCUUUGAAAGUGAAAGGACGUGAUGUAGGCUUCCAGACAACCAAGUACGGAGAAUUCUGGAGAAUACUUUUACCGGGUAUUUAUAAACUGGAGGUUUACGCCGAUGAUUAUGUUCCUCGCGAGGUUGACUUUAUGGUAGUCGACCAGCAUCCAACCCUCCUAAAUGUAACACUACAUCCGUCCAAGCGAUUGGAUAACUUCUACCGUCCUGCAACCGGACCACACUAUUACCACCACCACCCUCAUGCAAGCAUUGCCAUUGGUGCCAAGCCAAACUCUGACUCAGGAAUCCUGUCGAGUAUCACAUCUGGUCUCAAUAAUUUAGUCAGUAAUAUCUUUGGUUGAACAAAAGUUGAACCGUCGCAAAAUCUCAACAUGUUAGUUAAUUUAUUUAAUUAUAUAAUUCAUUAAAGUAUCAAGACUGGUUUGAUUGCGUUAAAAGCAAUAA